AGGGGGGAAAUUCCCCCCUGGUUGAGACCCCCUGCCAUAGAGGGACCCUACACAGGCCACUGGCCUCCUUCCCUUGGCAUGGUCAUCUCCAGUGGGUGGCGAACUGGCGAUUAGGUAAAUAAUAUAAGUAUGUACUCUUUGUUGUCUAUAGCCCGAUGCACAUGCAUUGUCUAUAUGCAUGCUAAAGCAACUGUAAACUUUUAAGACUUCAUUGAAUAAAUAUUAUUAUUAUACCAAAAUUUCAACACGCCAACAUCGGUUAGCCUCUGUUCAUUAGAUAACCCUCGAUGGUAGUAAACACUCCCAGCAGUUGUUGGUGUCGAUGGAGUUGUUCGCUGAUGGUGUUUACUACCAUAACAAAUGAUUAUACUUGGGAAUGUAUUGUGUAAAUUAUUCUUAUACCAAAAGUAAAUAAAUUAUAAAAUAAACAAUAAUAAGUUUGGUAAAGAACCAAACUGGGAAUAGUGGCCUAACGGUGUACUGAUAUUAAGAUAAUAGUUGACGAUUAAGGUUAAUAAUCCCUUGCCUUUUGUAUAGCAGCCUAAUAGAUCACGCCGGCUUAUGUGUUUAGCGAAAAGUAAUAAUCCCCUGAACAAAUUAAGUAAAGUGUUUAGAGGCUGCAAAUUUACAAGUUUAAAUACAAAGACAGGUAACAUUACUCCUACAUCUAGCGUAUAGUGAACGAUAAAUCAGUUAUGGAGAAAUUACGCAAACUAACAAAAGUAUUGGUGGAAAGAAGAGUCUCACCUAUAACUUGCUAUCAUCGGUUUAUAUUUAGCAAAACGGGGAUAUGGCCACAUUGUGAAAAAGAAUUACCAACUGAAAUUAAGAAAGAGGUUGAGGUCUUCUGGAAACAUAAAUUUGAAACCCUUUCCCAAGGAUUAGUUGAACCUGGUGAGGCUGAGAGUGGCAGCGAAAAGAAGUAUGUUCUCUCAAUGUUUCCAUAUCCAUCGGGAAAGUUACACAUGGGCCAUGUCAGAGUCUACACCACUAGUGAUUGUAUGGCCAGGUUCUACCGCCUCAGAGGAUACAAGGUGUUUCAUCCUAUGGGCUGGGAUGCUUUUGGUCUACCUGCUGAAAAUGCAGCAAUUGAUUCCAAUGAGAUGCCUGAAAAAUGGACCUACAGCAACAUUCAGCAGAUGAAGGACCAAUUGCUCAAAUUGGGUUGCAGCUUUGACUGGAAUCGAGAGAUAGCUACUUGUGAUCCACAGUACUACCGUUGGACUCAAGCUAUUUUUUUACGUUUGUUCAGAGCAGGGUUGGUGUAUCAAGAAGAAGCACUGGUGAACUGGGACCCUGUGGAUCAGACAGUGUUGGCAAAUGAGCAAGUGGAUGCUGAUGGAUGUUCUUGGAGAUCUGGUGCUAAGGUGGAAAGCCGAUUCCUGAAGCAGUGGUUUAUUAAGACCACCAGAUUUUCCAAAUCACUCCUGGAUGGUUUGUCUGACCCAUUGUUAGAAAAUUGGAGUGACAUCAUCAAGAUUCAGCGCCACUGGAUUGGAGAUUGUGUAGGGUUUAGGGUAGAGAUGACGGUAGUUUGUGUUAAUAGUGAGGAAGAAAAAUUGGCACCAAUGAGUGGAAAAAUUUACCUAUGGAUGGCACAACCUGAACUUUUACAUGGAAUAAGUUUUAUUGGAGUUCGCAGUGGACAUAAAUUAGAUUCAGACUCAUACAAAAUACACAAGUAUGAUAAAUACCAGUUAUUGAAUGUUAAAGCUGUAUGUCCCAUCACUCAAAGACAGAUCCCAGUUAUUGUUUGUGAUGAUUUAUCAUAUAUUAAAGAUUCAGAGUUUUAUGUAGGAAUACCCUGUAUAUCAAAUAUUGAUAAAAGUAUUGCAAAGAAAUGUGAUUUUACAAUUCAAAAAAUAAUUGAAAAUGAUAAAUUAGUAAAUUCGGACACCAUGAAUGGGUUGAGUCUCGAUGAAGCAAGACCCAUAGUCACAAGGCAACUUCUUGAGCUUGGGAUGGGGGGAUUUCAGACAAGUGCUAAACUACGUGACUGGCUGAUAUCAAGACAGCGAUACUGGGGCACUCCAAUUCCAAUCAUUCACUGCCCGGAUUGUGGAUUAGUUCCUGUACCCGAGAACCAGUUACCAGUAGAACUACCCAAGAUUACAAGCUUCCCAAGGAGAGGUGUAUCACCACUCAAGGAGGCAAGUGACUGGUUGAAAUGCACUUGUCCAAGGUGUGGAGCUGAAGCUGAACGUGAAACAGACACAAUGGAUACAUUUGUUGAUUCCUCUUGGUAUUUUCUACGUUACCUUGACUCCAACAACACCCAAGAUCUUUUUAGCUACGACAUACAAGAUAAACUGAUGCCUGUUGAUCUAUACAUUGGAGGAAAGGAACAUGCUGACCUUCACCUGUACUUUGCCCGUUUUGUGCACCAUUUUCUGGCCAGUGAAGGGUUAGUAAGUCAUUGGGAGCCCUUCAAGAGACUGAUCAUGAUGGGUAUGGUUAUGGGGCAGUCAUAUAUGGUUGAAGAUACUAGACGUUACAUCACCAAAGAUCAAGUAGAUUUUACAGUUAAUCCUCCGGUGGAGGCUGAAACUGGUGCACCCUUGGUAAUUACUUUUGAGAAAAUGAGCAAAAGUAAACACAAUGGCAUUGACCCACAGGAGGUACUGGACAAAUACGGCACAGAUACUACUAGACUGCUGAUGCUAGCUAACUUUGCUCCACAUUCACAGAGAAAUUGGUCAGAAGAUACAUUUCCUGGUAUCCUUAACUGGCAGAAGCGUAUAUGGCUGAUUAUUUGGGAUUUCAUACAAGUUCAUCUGAAUAAAGAAGAUAGAAAAAUGAAUUCUUUAAGCACAGAGGAGAGAAAGCAGUAUGAGCAGAUCCUUUGGGAGAACCGCAACUAUCACCUUCGACGUAUUACAUAUCUCUUUGAACACAGUCAUCAGUUGAGUGUUGCCAUCUCCAACAUGCAGGGCUUAACUGGCAGUCUAAGGAAAACACCAAAGUGCCUUAUGUUGAGUGAAGAAUAUGAGCUGACACUGGGAACACUAAUUAUUAUGAUAGCUCCCUUAGCUCCACACUUUGCUAGUGAACUAUGGGCAGGAUUCUGUAGUGUUGCUACUUCUCCACACAUUAAAAAGGACCUUCCCUUAAUACAGCAGCAAUGGCCUGAAGUUGAUCAUGAUUACUGUCUCCCACUCAAGUAUUCGGUACCUGGGAAACAAGUGCAUGAGGUGAAAGUUCCAAGGAAGGUGCUGGACAAGUUAACUAGUGAUGCAGCCCUUGAUAUAGUUUCUGCUGAUGAAGAGUUCAAGGAGUAUAUGGGAGGAAGAACCAUUAUUUCAACACAUAUUAAUGUCCUACCAGGCUUGGAAGCAUAUGUCUCAUUUACAUAUAAGGUGCAGGAUGUGUCCAAAGUCAAGGAAGAUUUAAAGAAGAUAAAGGUAGAGAAGAAAAAGCAGAAACUGGAGAAAAGACUGAAAAAAAAGCAAAGAAAUGAUUCAAGUUGAUGUGAUCUAUAGGAUUUAAGAAAUAUACACUAAUUACAAGCCGAGUUACCCGGUAGUGUACUUAAUCACAAAACUGAAAUCCUUAGGAACAAAGGGUUUUUGGUGUUUGAUUUGUUUUUCCCAGGAUGAAACGACAAGCAAGUACAGUAAGUCCGCGCUUAACAUCGUCCCGCUUAAUGCUGUUUUGGUACUACGUCACUAAACUUGAGACUAAAAAUUCGUUUAACGUCCCAGUGAUCUGAUACUAUGUCGUUUUGCGUUGUCACGGACUACUUUCUAUGGCGCAUCACCCCCCAUCGUCUGGCCGCGCUACACUCUCUUGGCUCGUCUCAGAGUCUCAGUGACUCACCAGUCCCAACCCUCCUCUCCCGCCCUCCUCCAUUUCCACCCUCCUCCUCCGCUCCCGCCAUACUCCUCCCCUUCCGCCUCCUCUGUUUCACAACCCACCACACACAUGCUCUACCACCUCCGCCCAUUGGUGAGUACCAAUACAAACUUAGUAGUUGUAUGUGUAUGCCCUAUUUUCAAUAGAAUUGGCAAUGAUUUUCUGUACUGUAUAUGUAAUGUAUUUCAUGGGGCAAAGAGAGGAUCAGGAACGUAAUUCCCGUAUUUUAUCUAUAUCUUACGAGAAAAAUUGAUCCACUUGACGUCGUUUCGUAUAACGUCACAUUUUUAGGAACGUAACCCCGACGUUAAGCGAGGAAUUACUGUACAGACAUAACUCUGAGAAAGUUCCAGUAAAACUUAACCUGCACAUAACAUUUUUGUUUCAUAAUACACAAACUGUAUUUGGGAUAAUAUUGUAUAGUACAGUACUGUACUAACUUGUUAACAAUAAAACAAAUAUGUACAUC